AACGUGAAAGCGCCAAUGAAGAGCAGAGUAUCACAGUCGAAGGAGCCAACCGAGAAACCAAAAAUGGGAGCGGAUUCAAAGCCCAAGAAUUCAGACCGAAUUCGUAGUAUCGGCGGAAUCCGAAUAUGGGUGUUCCUUAAUUUCGUUUUUGGAUGCAUCCCCGUGCAUGGUCUACACUUUGCUUCGAAUCCCCAAUUACUGCCUUUCCACUCCUGCUCUUGAGUUGCCCAGUUUUGAUUCACCUUUAAAUACACCACGAGUUUCGGAUUGCUCUCACUGCGAAGUCUGCAAGAAGAUAUCGGUGAUCUCUGUGCUUUUUUGAGCGUAAGAUUGGGUGUGUGAGUGACUACUCCUAGUAAAGAGAUAGAAAAAUGGCGUCUUGUCCUUCCUCAAUUGAGAGAAGUUUAGGAGUGAAGCUCAGAUUGGUUGGCAAUGGCCUCCUCAACACCCCUUCUUCCGUUGAUGAGCUUCUCGUUCUUCUCGAUGAUGCUGAGGAUCUGUUAGCUAAUGUGGAGCAAGGAGCUUCAGACCCUCUCCUAGAUUCCCUUCUUCCAGUUAUGAAGGCACUAAUUGCUGACUAUCUUUUGAAACAUUCUGUUGAGGGUGUUAGAGUUUCUGUAGCAUAUUGCCUCAGUGAGGUUCUGAGGAUAAGUGCGCCUCAAGAACCAUUCAAUGAUGAUCAGAUGAAGGUGAUUUUUGAGUUAAUUGUGGAGGCAUUUUCUAAGUUGUCUCAGCCGUCCACACAAUAUUAUGAAAAGGCCCUGUCCAUUCUUGAGACUGUUGCAAGGGUCAAAGCAUGCCUUCUUAUGCUUGAUCUUCAAUGCAAUUCGUUGGUUGUCCAGAUGUUUCAAAAUUUGUGGGCAAUCAUUAGGUCGGAUCCCAUAGACGAUGUACUGUGGGCUGUGGAGCAAAUUAUGACGGACAUCCUUGGUGAAAGUGAGGAUAUCUCCUUGGGGCUUCUCAGUCCUCUCCUUGGUAGUGUUCUAAAAGAAAAUGAGAAUGUCGCACCUUUGUGUUGGAAGCUUGGAGAGAGGGUCAUUGCCAGGUGUGCAGCUAAGCUCGGACCUGUUCUUCAUGGAGUGGUACAAUCCAAUGGCACCACUUUGGAUGAUUACUCUCCUGUUGUGGCUUCCAUAUGUGAAAAUGAGCCUACAAUGGUGGAGAAUAAUUAUGCUAAUGGUUCUUCACAGCCAGUGGUGGCUCAUGGUCUUGUGUUUUCCCCUGGAGAAGUUGUUCCUGAUCUGGAUAGUGCUCCUGGAUCGAGUACGAGUGAUGCUGCUGCCCUUCUUUUCCCUAAUAAUAUUGUUCCUAUUGCUAAAACAACUAUGGACAAGGCUGAUUCUACAGAUUCGAAGGGUUCAACCAAACUAGAAAUUGACUUAGAGGCGCUUCCAAAGAAAAGGGAACGCAAGCCAAACAAGUGGAUGAACCCCGACGAAGGCUACAAACUCUCUUGGCUAUGCAUAGAUAGGAAAAAUUCUGGUUGUAGAAGGCUCCUUAUGAAUGGACACGAUCUUUCAACUGCUCCUAAAAUUUCUUUGAGAAAGAGAAGAAUCCUGCAAAAGGUGAAUGUUGAACCAGAUGCAGGUGAUAGCACCGUUGCUCGCAAUGAGGAAGCUCCAGUCCCUGGUGAUCUUGCAGGGAAAAAACCGAAGCUCUCGACAGUGGGGGAAAGGAUGAGCAAUUUUAACAAGGCCGUAUCAGAGGGGUCUGGCUUGCCUGGCAGACGAUUAGUGGGUCAGAAAAUAAAGGUUUGGUGGCCAUUGGACGAGAUGUUUUAUUAUGGUGUCGUUCAAUGUUAUGACCCAUUUCGGAAGAGGCACAGGGUCUUGUACAAUGAUGGGGACAUGGAAUCGUUAGACCUUCAGAAGGAACGGUGGGAGUUCAUUAAGGAUGAUUUGCCAGAUGCACACCGGCAGGAGGCUGAUCAUCCGAAACCUGAACCUUCACCCGUCAUUCGGGACUACAAAAAGGGCAGCGGCAAGAAAUCAGAGUCACCGAGGAAAUUAGUGAUCAAACAGAACGUUGAAAGGGCCGAAGCAUCCUCCAGAGUCCCAGAAGUUAAAGUUGCGCAGUUUGGGAACCAAAAUGUGGGCAGAGACGAGUCCAGUGACGAUGAGAGCACUGAAGAUAAUUUAUAUGAGAUCAGGGUCCGGUCGAAGGAUGUCCAGCGAGAAUAUGGUAGCUCAAGCACGUCGGAUGAUUCGACUCCUGAAGCUAGCCCUCCUAGACCUUGGUGGCAGAAGUGAAGCUUUGUCGUCAUCAGCUUGGAAAAUUUUGAGGCUGCUUUGGAAGUAGUAGAAUAGCUUUACGUAGUGGUAGAAUUACUAGAAGUAAUGGGGGCAAGAUCUUGCAAGUUUGGUUCCCUUACACAAAGUAUAGAGGUGGUCUACGUGCAAGAGCUUGUAGUCUUUUGGCCCUUCUAUAGGCAUCACUGAUCUGUCAUUGCUCCUGGAAAUGUCUGCAACGAUGGAAAUGCAAUGG